AUGUAUACAUGCGUGUAUAGCUUUAUAUAUGGCAAUGGAGUAAUGCAUUCAAUAUCACCAAUGCACUAAGAAGACCACCAUAAAGCAGUUUUGCCACUACUUGACGUUACAAAAGUAGCCUAUGCAAACUCCUUCACACAAAACAAACCACUCACUAACUCACGGAAAACACGCACUAAUCACUUUGCUUAUAAACCUCAUCCUCCUCCUUCCAUCAAAUCUCAUCAUCUCACCACCUAAUUCUCCAUUUCUUCUAGAGCCAAAAACCUCAUCCUAACCAGCAGAAGAACCAAUGAUGUCCAUGAGACAAUCAACCAUAACACAAGGUUUCUCAACCUGUCUGUAGUCACCAUUUCUCCCAUAUUGCAGAGUUUUCUCGUCAUCAACAGACAAAAAUGUCACAACCUCCAGUUGCUGAAACCUCGGUGGCAUCACCAGGACAUGAAAAACCAGAGAAAAGGAGGGACCCGGUGAAUGAAACCUUGAACUCGCCGCCUUUAGACCGGGAAGUCUACCCAGAAUGUCCAAAGUCCUUCAUGCAGAACAUUCUCUUUGAGCUAAAGAUACAAAGGAGAAUCGUUUUACCGUUGAUAGUUAUGAACCUGAUAUGGUUUGGCAAGCUAACAACGACAACCGUGUUUCUUGGAAGACAAGGCGAGCUAGAACUUGCCGGGAGUUCAUUAGGAUUUACCUUUGCAAAUGUCUCUGGCUUCUCUGUUUUGUACGGUCUUUCUGCUGCAAUGGAGCCGAUAUGUGGCCAGGCUUUUGGAGCAAAGAACUUUAGGCUUCUCCACAAAACCCUUCUCAUGGCAAUGUUCUUGUUGCUACUGGUGUCAGUCCCAAUUUCUUCCUUAUGGCUCAACGUUCAUAAAAUUCUCAUCUGUUUUGGCCAACGAGAAGAUAUUUCUUUCACUGCAAAGAAGUAUCUUCUCUAUCUCAUUCCUGAUCUACCAGUCCUAUCAGUGCUUUGCCCCCUUAAAGCCUACCUAAGCGCACAAGGCAUAACGCUCCCUAUAAUGUUCAGCACAGCAGCAGGAACCAUCCUUCAUGUGCCCGUUAACGUGUUGCUUUCCAGAGCAAAGGGAAUUGAAGGAGUUGCAAUGGCUGUCUGGAUAACCGAUCUUGUAGUGGUGAUUCUUCUAACAGGAUAUGUCUUGGUGUUUGAGCACUCUGAAGAGACCAGAUCGAAGGAAGGAGGGUGGUGGGACCAAAGUGCCCAAGACUGGUUCAAGCUAAUCAAGCUCUGUGGACCAUGUUGUCUCACCGUCUGCCUUGAGUGGUGGUGUUAUGAAAUCUUGGUCAUGCUAACCGGUAGGCUGCCAAACCCAGUUCAAGCCGUGUCAGUCUUAGUCAUUGUCCUAAACUUCGAUUACCUGCUGUAUGCCAUAAUGCUCUCCCUCGGCACAUGUGCUUCAACCCGUGUGGCCAACGAGCUCGGGGCAAAUCAUCCAAAGGCCGCUUAUAGAGCAGCAUAUACUUCACUAGCAAUGGGUGUGCUCUCUGGCUGCAUUGGAGCUUUUGUUAUGAUAGGAGCUAGAGGUGUUUGGGGAUCUUUGUAUAGCCAUAACUCGGAGAUCUUGAAUGGAGUGAAGAAGAUGAUGCUGAUAAUGGCAGUGAUUGAAGUUGUGAACUUCCCUUUAGUGGUUUGUGGAGAGAUUGUGCGUGGAACAGCAAGACCAUCGCUUGGAAUGUAUGCUAAUCUUGGUGGGUUUUAUCUCUUGGCGUUGCCUUUAGGAGCAUUUUUGGCAUUCAAAGCUAAAAAAGGGCUUGGAGGUUUCUUGUUUGGUUUCUUGGUUGGAAUUUCGGUCUGUCUUGCAAUAUUGUUGGUAUUUGCUGCAAGGAUAGAUUGGAAGAAAGAAGCUGCAAAGGCACAGAUCCUUACCUGCAAUACAGAGGAAGAGGAAACAUCACAAAGCCCGGUACCGGCAGAUACAAGAUAAACCUAGAAAGUGAAAAUCUUAGUUUAUUGAAAUCUUGAAAGCUAGAAAACAACAGCCUUUGAACUUCAUAGAUAUGUAAUAAUAGCAUUACCUCGAGAAAUCACUUCUCUUCUAAACCAAAUUAGAGCCUGAGGGAAGAAAAUUAACGUAAAUCAAAACCGGCAGGAUAACCGGGAAAAGCUUAGGAUUCAAGAACAUGGUGGUUUUUCUCAA